CCCUGACAACUCAAGUGUUCUGCAAAGACAUAACCGUACCUUUAAAACAACAUCUUCCUCCAGUGACUGUCAUAACAAAAUUUAUCCUUGGUGUUUUCACAUCCGUUCCCCCACAGAUUUUAUUUCGUUUACUAAAAGCGCCAAGAAACAAGAAAGGUUAGCCCUCGUCACUUGAUACGCUGUCUUUGCAGUAGACUUGUACCAAAAUUAUGAAAAAUAAUCCCAGCAUAAAAGGACUCUGGUUGGCACUUGUCUUGCUUUGUUGGGGUAGUCUCUUCGUUUCCACCGAAUUGACUUUUCUAAAUGGAAAACACCUGACCGUGGGGUCACAGAUUUCAGAUGUCCACGUCUUUUGGAUGAGAAACGUUUCUGGUCAUAAUGUCAAAAUUGGCGGUGUUGCUGGUGAGGCACUUGACGCACUAUCUCUGCGCUACAACUUCACAUACUCGAUUCUACAGGUCAAUGACAGUCGAUUAGAAAAGCAAAGUAAUACUCUACCAGGACUUGCUCAUUACAUGGCGACGGGAAAAUGUGACCUGGUUAUUGGGCCUAUAAUCCUGACCCCUAGUCGUUUAGCCAUCAUGGACUUGGCGGAAGGUUACAUGUAUACUUCCGUCGCCCUUCUUAUUCCCAUGCCGAAACCUACAGACAAUGCGGAGUCUUUAGUCAAGCCUUUUCAGUUAUCGGUCUGGAUCGGAUUAUUGAUUGCGAUGCCCAUAAUUUCUGUCGCCCUUUACUUUUUCAUUCGCCCAUUGCCGCUGCGUAUGUUGACUUCGCCUGCUGGUGAAAAUGUCUUGGUGGAUCCAUCGCAUGAUGGAUGGUUUCGUCGUUCAGUCAAUACUCUGCAGGUUUUAUUUGAGAUUUUCCGAAUUAUCAUGAACCAAGGAGGAAACAUUCCACUGAUGCGAAAUGCAGUUUAUUUCGUUUUCGGGUCAUGGUGUCUGGGGGCAAUGAUUCUCGGAUGUGCAUACAACAGCGUGUUAACAUCUUACAUCCUGGGAUCAAACGCUGAACAGCUUGUGAAUUCUCUCACUGACCUUGCGAGAAAAUCCAACGUUCAUCUUGUUGUCGACAAAGGAAGUGCGGUAGAAAGCGUCCUCUUGGUGAUAAAAUCCUUUUACCCUAAAAUAUCAAUAGGAAUAUCGUGGAUUAAUUUUGAAUAUUAUAAUGUUAUCCACGACACCAAUCAGGCUGCAAAUGACGGACUCUUCAAACAGCUCGGCGACAAAUUGCGAACUCAACCGUUGUCUUAUUGUACCAAAAGGCAAGAUUGUAUUGAUCUUGUGAAAUCAGGAUCCUAUGCUUACCUACAGGGUUUGUUUAUAGUAGCCAACGCCGUCGAAGAAGAUUUCAGGGCUACGGGGAAAUGUAAUCUCGCUAUUGCUAAAGAAACUGAACCGAUCAGCGGUUCAGUAGGUUGGGCUCUAUCAAAGAACAGUCCUUAUAUUAAAAUCUUCUCCAAAGGAUUCAUGGAGUUACACCAAGCUGGGCUAAUCGAUUUUUGGACCCAAAGGGAACUUCAAAAGCGUAAACACAUCACCCACUGUGUAAACGAGGCCAAUAAAGUUCAGAUGCAAAAGGUAUCCGACAGUAAAACAAAAAUAACCUUGAAUAAUUUUUCGGGUGCGUUUUACAUAUUGCUCGUCGGUUACAUAAUUUCUUUCAUCUUCUUCGUUAGCGAAAAUGUUUAUUUAAGGAUCACAAAGUAUAAAAGAGGUCACCCUAGAAUUGCGCCAAACAAAAUAGGGAGGGGGGUUGGUAAUCAAUCAAGUGCCAAUCAAGAGGCGGGAAACGUUCAUUAACCCGGGCCGAUAACAGACAGAUGGUCGGUCAUAGAGAUAGACUAAACGGAAUUAAAAAUUAAUUUGAUUGCUUUGUCAUUCAUGUUCAGAAACCUGAAAAUCAUGGCUGUCAUAUUAUUAAUAAAUUUCUAA